AUGGGGCUUAGAUCGGGACGCUGCUCCAUCAUAUUAGUGCGUUUAUUUGCCCUAUUUCUACUAGGGACGAUCAUUGUACUGGCAUUAAUUCGCCAGCACUUUCGUAUCAACGAGGAUGAAUACAUACGCGUCUCGGAACUAGGCACAUGGGAAGAGAUUCGCGCGUCGAAACGGCCAGCCGUGCUGGAUCAUGGCUCGCCUAUGAAGAUGAAAGAGGAUGCGAUGCCUCCUGAAAAGAUACCUCGCAUCAUUCAUCAGACGUGGAAGACGGAGGAGCUUCCACCGCAAUGGGCCGAGGUGCGCGAAGGCUGUGCCAGGCUCAUGCCUGACUAUGAGUACAUGCUGUGGACUGAUGCUAUUUCGCGUGAGUUCAUCGAGAAAGAAUACCCAUGGUUCCUGCCUACGUUUGAUGCGUAUCCCUACAAUAUUCAGCGUGCCGAUGCGAUCCGGUAUUUCGUGCUGCACAAAUAUGGCGGCGUGUACAUGGAUUUAGAUAUUGGAUGUCAAAAACGCCUUGAUUCGCUUUUGCGCUUUGAUCUCAUCCUUCCCAAGACCAUCCCUGUCGGAGUGAGCAACGAUCUCAUGUUCUCCGUCCCUGGUCAUUCCUUCAUGGACCUGCUGAUUCGCUCGCUUAAUAAGUUUAACCACAGGUUCUUUACACAUUAUGCCACGGUUAUGUUUUCUACGGGGCCGAUGUUUGUCUCGACGCUGCACCGUGUUUUUGCGAGUGUGCACGAGAAGGUAGCGCCGUCUGAUGCUCAGCAGCCCGGGCGCGGUUUUCAAGGCAUUCGUGUUCUGCCGAAGAGCUUGUACGGCAAAAAUCUCGAGCCUGAUCAGGUGCCGGACUCGUUUUUCGUGCAUAUGUAUGGCAGCUCUUGGCAUGCGGGCGAUGCGGGCUUCCUGAUUUUCUUGCGUAAGAAUGGCUACGCUCUGAUUUUCCUGGGUGUGGUUCUACUCCUUGCCUGUAUGCGGCGCAGCUGCUUUUCCUUCCUGGCGCGUUUGCUGCACGCGAUCAUGUCGGUCCUGUUUCGGUCGCGUUCGAAGUUUUCCGAUGCAGGUGCCAUAUCUGGCAUCAAGCUGGACGAUGUAAAGACGCCGCGCAAAGUCUCGACAUGGUACGCCAAGUCGCCCGAUGUCGAGUCCAAGUACUGCAAGACGAGUGAGGAAGGCCAUGCCAGACCUUCUAUACCCCUGCCGACCAUUUCUAUGAACGAUGCUCAGGCUGUACCAUACCACGACGUAUCCGAGAACUGGUCGUCUUUGCCUGCGUCGGUUGGAUCUGCUCCGCCAGAGCUGUCGAUGCAACGUCGCGGAUCUGACACCAACACGCCUUUGCCGACGUUUUAUGUCGAUCACCGAAGCACGCCUGACUCGAUGGAUGCAUCGAAUGCAAAUUCAAAGGAUGCGCGUGUCCCCGCCGUAAAGCGCAUCAGCAGCGCGACGUCACGCACCUUUUCGUCCCUGAUCCCCCCACCACUGCGCCGCUUUCGAGGCGCGUCGUUAAAACUACCUUCCAAAGCGACGACAGAGAAACUACCGAAGGAGCCACCGACUCGGCAUAGCGACGAGUACCACUCCGAAUGGGAGCGACUCGUGCAAGACUGGGAAUCAGGUCGUGGCCUGCGGUCACCGACGCUGCAUACGGCGUUGUCGCCGGCGCCUGAGCCGAUGGAGACGCUCGACGAGCCUCACUUGUCUCCUACUUCGCCGUCGCAGAACCAACUGCUUCGUCGGUCGCACCACCACGAUCCAUACCGCCCGGCCACACCGGCCGUCUUCACGAGCCUGAAUAUGGAGCAAAAAUAG